AUGAGCGAGCUGCUGCCGCCCGUGCGGAGCGACAGCGCGUCGAGCAGCCGGCGGUCCGACUCGCGGAAUUCGGCGACCUUCGAGGAGGGGGGCCUCUUCGGCGCGUCGUCGUCGGCCGCGGGCCUCCUCGAGAGCGCGGGCCGCGACGGCGGCGUCUGCGACGACGACGACGUCUCCGAGUCGCCGACCAUGGGCGAGGACUUCUACAAGGGCGUCGAGGGCUUCCUCGCGAAGCCCGCGCCGACGCUGCGCCACUUCUGCAAGGGCCCCCCGCCCGGGGGGCAGAGCCUACCGGUGCUUCGGAAGCAGCGGAGCGACCUCCGGCGGGGCAAGGUCCCCGGCGCGGCCCCGGCCGCGAAGCCGCAGCGGCGGCCCCGGGGCGACGACGGCGACCACGUCGACGUCGCCAAGGUCGCCGAGGCGCUCCAGUUCUGCGAGGGCCUCGCCGCGCGCGACCUCGCCGGCGGCGGCGGCGGCGGCGACCCCCGCGGCGCGCCGCGGCGCCGGCCGCAAAAGGCCGAGUUCUCCGCGUCGUCCGCCAAGGCCGCGCGCGACCCGCGGCGCGUCGCGCCGGGCGAGGUCGACGCCCUCGUGCGCAACUUCGAGGAGGGCACGUCCCUCACGGAGCUCCGGAAGCAGCUCCACGCGUCCCGGAAGUCCAUGGAGGACUCGGCGUCCGCGCUCCGCGCAGCGGCCGCGGACUUCCGGACGGGCGGCGCGCUCUAG